AAAAGUCCGGAGAGGGAGGCCGGGGGCUGGAAGGCAGGGGCAACAGAGCAGAGGAACCGGGGCAACUGAGGAGAGGAACCGGGGCAACUGAGGAGAGGAACCGGGGCAACUGAGGAGAGGAACCGGGGCAACUGAGGAGAGGAACCCAGGGGCCACAGAGAAGAGGAACCCAGGGGCCACAGAGGCUCUUGUAGCAGGGAAGCAAGGGCAAGAGCAGAGAAGUGCCAGGGGCAACAGAACCCAGCAACCCAGAGCCGUGUAGUACCCCAGGAAGGGCCGGGUAAUACCCCUUGCUGCAGUGAGCGUGGGGGCCGAGGGCCGCUGAGGGGCCGUAGUUUCUCCGCUGGGUGAGUGUUACGUGUGCCGCCAUCAUGCCGGUGUUCCACACCAAGACCAUCGAGAGCAUCCUGGAGCCGGUGGCCCAGCAGAUCUCGCACCUGGUCAUCAUGCACGAGGAGGGCGAGGUGGACGGGAAGGCCAUCCCGGAGCUAACGGCCCCUGUGGCCGCCGUGCAGGCGGCCGUCAGCAACCUGGUGCGGGUUGGGAAGGAGACGGUUCAAACCACCGAGGACCAGAUCAUGAAGCGUGACAUGCCACCCGCUUUUAUCAAAGUAGAAAACGCCUGCACCAAGCUUGUCCAAGCGGCUCAGAUGUUGCAUGCCGAUCCGUACUCCGUCCCGGCCCGCGAUUACCUGAUCGACGGCUCGCGAGGGAUACUUUCCGGGACCUCCGACCUGCUCCUGACCUUUGACGAAGCCGAGGUGAGAAAAAUCAUCCGCGUUUGCAAAGGAAUCUUGGAAUACCUGACGGUGGCAGAAGUUGUGGAGAGCAUGGAGGACCUCGUGACCUACACCAAAAACCUUGGUCCCGGAAUGACCAAGAUGGCCAAGAUGAUCGAUGAACGCCAGCAGGAGCUAACCCACCAGGAGCACCGCGUCAUGCUUGUGAACUCCAUGAACAUGGUCAAAGACCUCCUCCCUGUCCUGAUAUCCGCCAUGAAGAUCUUUGUGACCACCAAGAACUCCCGCAGCCAGGGCAUCGAGGAGGCCCUCAAGAACCGCAACUUCACAGUGGAGAAGAUGAGCGCGGAGAUAAACGAGAUUAUCCGAGUGCUGCAACUCACGUCCUGGGACGAAGACGCCUGGGCUAGCAAGGAUACGGAGGCCAUGAAGAGAGCGCUGGCCCUGAUUGACUCAAAGCUGAACCAGGCCAAAGGUUGGCUGCGUGAUCCCAACGCUCCUCCAGGUGAUGCCGGUGAACAAGCCGUGCGGCAGAUACUGGACGAAGCUGGGAAGGUCGGAGAGCUGUGUGCCGGGAAGGAGCGGAGAGAUAUCUUGGGCACCUGCCAGACCUUGGGCCAGAUGACCGACCAGGUGUCUGAGCUAAGAGCGAGGGGCCAGGGCGCCACACCUGUAGCCAUGCAGAAAGCUCAGCAAGUAUCCCAGGGAUUGGACGUCUUGACAUCCAAGGUGGGGAACGCUGCCCGCAAACUGGAGGCCCUGACAAACUCCAAGCAGGCCAUUGGCAAGAGGGCUGAUGCCGCCCAGAGCUGGCUCGCAGAUCCCAACGGGGGACCGGAGGGAGAGGAAAAUAUCCGAGCCCUGCUUGCGGAGGCCCAGAAGAUUGCAGAGCUCUGCGAGGAUCCCAAAGACCGAGACGACAUCCUGCGCUCCCUGGGAGAGGUCGCCGCUCUCACCGCUAAGCUCACCGACCUCCGCCGGCAGGGCAAAGGAGACACCCCAGAGGCCCGUGCAUUGGCCAAGCAGAUUGCCACUUCGCUGCAGAACCUACAGACCAAGGUGAACCGCGCCGUGGCGAACAGUCGCCCGGUGAAGGCGGCUGUCAACAUGGAGGGAAAGGUGGAGCAGGCCCAGCGCUGGAUCGAUAACCCAACCAUGGACGAUAGGGGAGUCGGCCAGGCUGCGAUCCGUGCGAUGGUGGCCGAGGGGCGCCGUCUGGCCAACUCCAUGAUGGGACCGUUUCGCCAGGACAUGAUGGCCAAGUGUGACCGGGUAGAACAGCUGGCCGGGCAGCUGGCAGAACUGGCUGCGAGGGGAGAAGGAGACUCUCCUCAAGCUCAAGCCGUGGCAGCUCAGCUCCAGGAGGCUCUGAAGGACCUGAAGGGAAAAAUGCAGGAAGCGAUGACACAGGAAGUCUCUGACAUCUUCAGCGACACCACCACUCCAAUCAAACUGCUUGCCGUAGCGGCAACAUCUCCUCCCGACGCUCCCAACAGGGAAGAGGUCUUCGACGAGAGGGCUGCAAACUUUGAGAACCACGCUGCUCGACUUGGAGCCACCGCCGACAAGGCCGCCGCCGUGGGGUCAGCUAAUAAAGCCACCGUGGAGGCAAUCCAAGCCACCGUGAAGUCGGCCAGGGAGCUGACGCCCCAGGUGAUCUCGGCGGCGCGCAUUCUGCUCCGAAAUCCCGGGAAUCAGGCUGCCUACGAGCACUUUGAAACCAUGAAAAACCAGUGGAUUGACAACGUGGAGAAGAUGACGGGCUUGGUGGAUGAAGCCAUUGACACCAGGUCCCUGUUGGAUGCCUCUGAAGAAGCCAUCAAGAAGGACAUCGAUAAGUGUAAGGUGGCUAUGGCCAACAUGCAGCCUCAGAUGCUCGUUGCUGGGGCCACAAGCAUUGCCCGUAGGGCCAACCGCAUCCUGCUGGUGGCCAAACGGGAGGUGGAGAACUCUGAAGACCCUAAAUUCCGCGAGGCGGUGAAGACGGCUUCGGAUGAGUUGAGUAAGACCAUCUCCCCCAUGGUGAUGGAGGCCAAAUCGGUUGCUGGAAACAUCUCAAACCCUGCUCUCCAGAAAGGUUUCCUGGACUCUGGAUACAAAAUUCUGUCUGCUGUGGCAAAGGUCAGGGAGGCAUUUCAGCCACCGGAACCAGAUUUUCCUCCACCACCUCCCGACUUGGAGCAGUUGCGGCUGUCCGACGAAGCCGCUCCUCCGAAACCCCCGCUCCCCGAAGGAGAAGUUCCACCUCCAAGGCCACCGCCGCCCGAGGAAAAGGACGAGGAGUUUCCCGAGCUGAAAGUGGGCGAGGCGGUCAACCAGCCGAUUAUGGUGGCCGCAAGACAACUUCACGACGAGGCCCGCAAGUGGUCCAGCAAGUCGCCCGGAAGCCCCGCUCCUGCUACCCCGCAGCAGGGUAGAGAGUCCGUUGUGUCGGAGGUAGAGCAGGAGCGUGAGGAAGAGGAGGAGGUGUCAGUGGAAGCCGCCCUCUCCUCUGACAUGGAAGAUGAUUAUGAGCCAGAGCUGCUCUUAGUGCCCGAGGGGCAGCCUGUAAACCAGCCAAUGCUGGCCGCCGCUCAGGCUCUGCAUCGGGAGGCUACCAAAUGGUCCAGUAAGGGUAAUGACAUCAUCGCAGCUGCCAAGCGCAUGGCGCUUCUGAUGGCAGAGAUGUCGAAGUUGGUGAGAGGAGGCAGCGGGAACAAGCGAGCCCUGAUCCAAUGUGCGAAGGACAUCGCCAAAGCCUCCGACGAGGUCACUCGGCUGGCCAAGGAGGUGGCCAAGCAAUGCACAGACAAGAGGAUCCGAACUAAUCUUCUGCAGGUAUGCGAGAGAAUUCCAACCAUCAGCACCCAGCUUAAGAUUCUCAGUACCGUCAAGGCCACCAUGCUGGGACGCACCAACAUCAGCGAAGAGGAGUCUGAGCAGGCCACGGAAAUGCUUGUCCACAACGCCCAGAACCUCAUGCAGUCGGUGAAAGAGACCGUGAGGGAAGCCGAGGCUGCGUCCAUCAAGAUCCGAACGGAUGCUGGUUUCGCCCUCCGUUGGGCCAGGAAAACCCCAUGGUACCAGUAACUCCGGGGCCAGGCCUCCCCGCUGCCCUCUGUACAGCACACGCUAGUACCUUGUACCCAAUAAUAAGAGAUGCAAGCGCUCCCAACACAUUUCGGGUUUUUUUUAGACAUAUUGGAGAUUUUUGCAUCACGUUUUUCUAGCAGUAUGUCGGCUCUUUCCAGCGACUGCUUCAAUCCCCCCUUUUCAUUAUUAUUAUUAUUAUUAUUAAUAUUUUGUUUAACAGGCUAAAGUAUUAACAUCUCCUUGCACCAGUAAACCUAAUGAUAUUUCUGCCAGGCCUCGGCCUGUAUCCGGUACGUCAGGCUGCGUAGCUGGCUCUGGCAUACGUCACACCCCCCCACACGCACACGCAUUCUGCUGCGCACUGCCUGCGAGUAUCGUUAUCCGAGCGGGCCUCACUUUAUACGUAUGAAACACUAAAACCGAAUGUACUUUUGUUUACUUCUUGUAUUUCUUGCCGCCUUCUUCUGGUGCUUGGUUGAGCUUUUCCGGUCUCGCGCG